AUGAGGCCCCCGCGGCACGGGCGGGAUCACCAAGUGUUUCACUGCAAAGACAAAGUCCUCGCUAAGAGGAUUGAGAUCUUAAACCUAACUCUGACAAAGUCCAACUGUAACUACAGGUAGGCGGGAGACGGGUCAGCAGAUCAGGCUGAGCAGGCUCAAACUACGCAGAUAUAAAAGUAUUUAAAGCGUUUUUGGAGGAGAGGAACGGGGACUGAGACCAGGAGGACUGGAGGAAGAGGAGCAGAGGGAAGAAAAGCAUGACACAGUGGGGGAGAGACACACUGAGAGGUGUCUAAUCUUAGAUCUUGGAGUGGCCGGGCUCGCUCCGAGCAAGUCACAUGUAGUGAUGUCACCUCCGGAGAGUCAGGCAUGUGUUUCCCAUCCUCUCGAAGGAUCUCAAAGAAUCUGUGAAUGGGCGCGCCGGAGGGGGUCGAUUCAGCCCAAAAGAUGAAAAACUCUCAAUCCGUUUAAAUCCUGAGCUAAAACAAACCUUUAAAACAAGAACCAGGAGGGACCGCAUGAGACACCAGAGAGGGAACCGUGAAGCAGACGGAGAGGGGUAAUGUGGAUCAAACACGGGCGACUCAAAUCGGGCAUUAAAGCGAACUCUAUAACAAAACCCAAAAGGGGGAUCGGGUGACGACUGGGACCUGGGAGCAGCUUUCUGGAGGUCCUUGAUGAGCCAAAGCUAACUGACACUGGUGUAGGGUGACCAUAUUCUGACCAGGGAUGUCCACCACAUCCUGAACGGCUCAAAUUUUCGCCAUACACCAAUUCCUACCAGAUCUGUUGGAAUCUGGAAUCGCGAGAAUCACUAGAACCUGCGGAUUCACGUGUAAUCACGCGAUAACAAGUUGUCUAUAGCCACAUAGGUUAACCAUAUAAGCAGUAGAUUGUGUCCUUCCAGAGGAGGAAAUCUACUUCUAGACUUCUAGAAUCAGCAUCUCCUCAUCCAUGGUGUCAUCGGGGUGAAAUGACGUCUAAAAACCUUUCACUUGUUCGUCUCCGCCCGUUUGCAUGGUGCGAAAUACGAUCCGUAACACGGGGUAUUUUAUUUUGAAAAGAAGCCGGAUGUUUUAUUUUGUGUCUGUGCCCAACUUCCUUUCCAGCACGGGUUAAUCUGUGCUGAAUUUAUCCGCCAUGCUCCGGCGUCCGGAAAAAAUAGAACUCUUGCAAUCAGCGGCGGCGGAGUCCGGCGAUCCGCAGAGGAACGGAAAGAAGCCAGUGGAAAUUGACAAUGUUAACUUGAAUGUUUACGAUCAGCUACGAUCGGCGGAUACAACCUUUUUAGCCGUUCCAGACGCGGUGGAAAUUUGGUAUUAAUCCCCAAAAGGAGGACACUACUACGCAAGGCAAGGUUGCAGAGUCGCACGUAGUAAAUUUUGAGGGUUUAUCAGGUCGGGUUGAGUGUUUUUUACGCACUUCUGACUCAGUUAGUCCAUGCUACACAAACUCAAAACCUCGGACAUUUGAAGGAUUUUAUAAACUCCCCCCAGACAAGGCCGGACAGCCCCCCAAAAAAGACAACAUUUCCGGGUAAAAGAAGACAUAUGGUCACCCUACACUGGUGGUGAAUCUUCUUGCCUACAUCUCCAGCAUUUAUCGCUCAAAAGUGACACUGACCCUGUCUUGCACACACACUCUGAAUUUCUAAAAUCUAAUAUCACAACAGAGACUUAUCUUGUCUGGUAAAGAGACAGGUGUUAAAGAUGCUGAGAGCGCCUCUAAAAAACCCAGAGAUCCGCCUGUUAGGUCUGAGAGUAACCUCUGUGUUUCUGACACUGACACUGAGCAGGUGUGUACCUGAGUGGACUAAAAGGCAGCAUGUCCCACUCACCGGCUUCACAGCGGCUCAGGCUGAACCCAUGCGCCUGACACGCUGUUUGGAUUGCGGGUGACUGAUUAAGUCGUGAUGUGAAGACCUUCCAACACAACACGUCCACGCCGCAGCACUCAGGCGGCUAACAGCUGCUCUGAGCUGCACUUCGCCGUGGCCUAAUGGACCGCCGCGCUGCCGGACAUGUGGAGGGACUGACAGGCUGUAUACAAGCACAAUUUAUGGAAGGCCAUGAAGUUUGACAUGUAAGAUAGAGCGCAGAGCCACUUCUUUAACCCCGACUCCACCAUAUUCUACCGUUAAGUAGUUUUAAACGAGACAUGUAUAAACACGGCUGCAGCUCAGAUCAUCACUGUCUGAUUUACUGAUAAUAAACAUUAUGCAAGAAUCGCCACUUUUUCGGACUCUGCGCUGACACACUUUUGGAUUACCCUCUUUGCAAUGACGUAAAGGCAGCCUGAGAUUUACUCUCUGGCGCCUUCUUUAGCCUCUCUGGCAUUUUGAGAUGUGAAAUGGGGACGAGAGAGGCGCCAUUCUCUCUGUUGAAAAGUGUAGGAGCUAAGUCUAAACUUUAAGAUACUGAGAUGCUUGACCCAGAGUAACCUAGCUGAUGUUUCAUACACUACUGUGAGUCUUUGAUGAUCUGUCCCAAAUCAUCACCAAAUCCAUUUGCAAUUGACAUCAAACAACACUGAAUAAAGAAAAACACCGGCAUUUAGCACCACAGCCGUCAAAGACCUUUUGCCCUUCCAGGUCAGUCACCUGCCAACAACAGUGACAUGACUACCUUUACUCCUGAGCCCCAGAUAACAGGACAGCAACACCUUAAGCUUACAAAGUAAACAGCAACUCAUUUGAGGUUAUCAUAUCAACAUAUUUGACUCCUACAGAGAGCGAGUCUGAAAAACGAAGCCGGUGCUGAAUGAUCUGAAAACGGCGUUCGUCGAGAUGUCCAUCAAGGGGCGCCUACAGAGGUUUGGGGAAGAGGUCUAAAUGUGCAGAAUUCGACACUUUACCAUUUAAUUCUGGUCACGGUGUUUUUAUCAACGGCAGCUUAAUGUUUAUUUUGUGGAUAAAGUGUUAAUGAAAACAAGGGGUGGUCUUUCCUAAAAUGCCUCACAACUGGGUGAAUUACAUUUACUGCAGAAAAAAAACAAGUCUGUAAGACUCAGCGUCCAGUCUCUCCAUACUUGUUCUUAUUGAGAAAUAUUUGCAUGUCCAUCUGAGUGAGAACAAUCAUGUCGCUAUCACUUCGGUGUUAGAAAACUCACAUUCGGACAGCAUCAAUCUUGCCCGCAUGCACAGGUACUACCUUGCAAGUCUGGAGGAACUCUCUGCAUGUCGGAUUUUGCAGGUUUUGCAUCUACACUGUGUGCAACAUCUUCAGCCACAUCUCCAAGUCUUGAUUUUUUUCAACUAUCACUUUCUCGAUGCACAAUUAAUUGUUGGAUACCGAUAAUUACAUCCCUCAUUUCUACUCACGGAAUGUAAGCGACAAUCCCGGGUUAAUACCUCGCUGCAAAUUGCCAAGUUCUCCCUGUAAGAUUGGGAUAGUUUGAGUUGGCAAAUGCUGAGUAUUGCUUGACAGUGAACUUGACCCAGACUGACCUGAACCUGAAUCCAGUGUUAGCUGAGAUCCAGUAUCUCCUCCAGGAUGUCCAACAAACUGAGAUGAUGCCCAAGCAGGUUCACACAAAAUAUCCAGGCGUUCAAAUACGAGUAAAUAAAGCCGGUUUAUCAUUUUAUUUGUAACUGCCAUCCUAAAUAACUUGAGUACCACAUAUUUAUUCAGAGGGAAUGGGUUUUAUAUGACCAGGAGGAUUCAAAUAGUACAUCUUUCAUUGAGUGUUUGCACAUAAAGCAGCUUUAAUACGUGCACACACACAUCUAACCGAGCUCCUCGCAUCAGUGAGUCUGUAAAGGGCAUCCCCGGCUCUGCAUAUUGUUGAAGUGAAGGGGGAGAAAUUAAUGGUUACUCGCGCCUAUCGCUGGGUAGAGAGGCUGAGCGAGGCGUUGGUGCUGGUGAGUGGGGAGGGGAGCGCCGGUGAAGUAGUCUGGUGACUGAAUGACAUGGUUUUCUUCUGUCAGGGGUGGAGAAAGAGAAAGAGAGAAGGAUGAAAGUGAAACCUCUCCUCUGUGAGACUUUGAGAACAACACAUUUCCCAUCAAACGGCGGAUUAAUCUCCUGGAACUCAUGCGUGGUCACAUCCCGGUAUGCUGGCAGUGCCGGGAAGCCUGAGUGGGAGUCUGCGACAGAGUGAUGACAGGGGGGGAGAAGAUGGGAGGAUGGGCUCAGAUCGUCUGAUUUGUGGGGAGUGUGGGGGGAGAGAGAGAGAGCCAUAAUAAAGAUCCAAGGGGGGGAAGUAAUAUCACUGUCUGGGCCAGCAUCUCUCUGAAGAACAGCCUCCCAUUGGUUGGGUUUUCAUGACACCUGCUCUGCAGUGGAAACCUGCAGAGCUUCGAGCAGGUUCAUGCAAACCUGUGAGGCAAAAAGGUGAAAAACUGAGAAAUGCAGAUGCAGAAGAAAAAAAGAGAGAGGUUGCUGUGUGCUGAAAUAAAUAUUUUAAUAGAUGUUUUUGACAAAUGGUAGAUUGUACGCAUCCUAAGGGGUUCUUGUCCUGAAAGGCCACUGUAAGAUUACUAAGAAAAAAGGUGAGCAGGGGAGCAGGUACUGACCUCUGAAUAUGGUGAAAUAUCCCCAUUUUAAACACACUGUACCUGAAUCCUCUGAUGAAACCUGAGAUGUGUGUGACACAGCAGGAAGUCUAGAUCCAUCUGAUGAGUCCAGAGUCAGUCCUGAGACAGUUUCAUCUCCAAGAGCGAGUAAAAUCAUUCGCACGAAUGAAUUACAUGUUAAGUCAAUGCAAAGACGCGAUUAGACGCUCCUACUACUCUGGCGGCAUGAAUGACGCGAAUUGGGCAUCUUAACUUGAGCAGAAAUUCACGUCGUGAUAACCAAUCAGCGCAAAGGUUGCCGGGUGACGUAUGAAAAUAGACAGUUGUUAACUGGUGUCUAAAAUGGAGGACAAACUAAUCAUGUCAGUGUGUGGGUGCCCUGUAUUAGAUGAUACCUUUUCUUUCCAUUACUGAAACCAGAAUAAAAGGAGGUCGGAUUACCUGAUAAAUUGUAAAAAAAGCGUUUGUCUAUCACUGGAUCUUGCUGGUUAAAUUGGUGGGGAUUAAUGUUGAAAUUAGCAUAAAUGGCUAUAAACGCGUGAAUGAAGCGACUAAAUACUAUUCAUUCAUGCGAAUUAAGCGAGUAGAUUAUUUUACUUGUACUCGUACUACUCUGGCAGCGUGAAUGAUGUGAAUUUGGCGGGAGCUGAAGAUGUCUCAACUUGAGUGGAUAUUGGCAUCGCCAGUUGAAUUGGUAGUGAUUACUGUUGAAAUUAACCUAAACAUCUAUAGACACGCGAAUGAAGCGAGUAAAUACUAUUCAUUCACGCGUCCAGACUUGCGCGAAUUAAGCGAGUGGAUGAUUUUACUCAUGCUUGGUGUAAGCGCCCCAUUGGACACCUUGCAUUAGUUUCAACCUCCUACGGUGACCAUAUUCUGAAUCCCCAAAAAGAGGACAUGGCUAUGCUGGGGGUGGAGUCACAGAGUUGCGCAAAGUAAAUUUAGAGUUUUUCUGGUCGGGUCAAGUGUUUUUUAUGCGCUUAUAACUCAGAAAGUCUAUGCGACAGAAACUCAAAACCUCCAUACAAAAUUCCGGACAUUUGAAGAAAUUUAUAAACUCCCCUGGACAAGGCCGUACAGCCCCCCAAAAAGGGGACAUGUAAAAGAAGACAUAUGGUCACUCUACAAGUUACAACCUAAAAAAUGAUAUUAGCAAAAGAUUGUGCUCAUUGUGUGCACGACUUUGAGAACUUCCUCGGAGAUAAGUUCAAAUGCAUGAAAGAAGAAAUAAAAGAGGUGAUAAAAACCAGUUUAUCCGUCAGAGCGCUGUACUAAACUCUGCAGAGUAAAACUGGGUGACACGGUGAUGAAUGCUCUGCACUGCUUCUGCUCGUCUGUGAACAACUCGCACAUGUCAGAUUCAUAUUUCUUGUCCAUAUAGUCUAAUGUAUUUUUGCCACGACCAGCCGCGAAAUUCCUCAUGCAAACUUUAUUUCUCACACAAAAUAUUUGGGAGCUACUCGACAUGAUGAAGAAGAGAAAGUGAGCGAGAGAGUGAAAAAAAAAACACACACACACACUGUCAUGCACGCAAAUGGGCUCAUCAGGCCUCAUACGCUCACAUAUGCACAUACGUCUCCUUUCUUGGAAAGCCACAAGUUUCUAAUUAUAUCCUGGGUUUCAAAUAAAAAGCGUUUACAGCCAAUUCGUUUGCGUAAAUGCCAUUCCUGUCUGUGCAGAGAGAUGCAACCAUUUCUACCCGAGACAAUAAAUAGUUUAUUGCUUUUAUUUGUCAUGGCUUUAUGUUGUAUUGCCAAGCCCUCAAAAGAAUAGAAAAAAAGCAUAUUUUCCCACUAAUGACUGUGUGUGAUUUAUAGAGUCUGUCUUUGACAUGGGGGUGUCUGCGCGCUCAAACCGAGCAUAAUUAGACCUCUGGAGCUGCAUGCAGCGCAAAACACAUUGGACAGAAACGCCGCGCUUCCCAAAGAGAGAGAGAGACUCUGCCGUGCGGUUUGGGUAUAAUGCCGAACAGUCGGUGCAUGAGAAAAACGCCCGGAGGUUUCCCUUCCAAACACACGCACGGGCACGCACACGCUCACGCACGCACGCUCUCAGAGGUCAAUGAUAUCUGAAACAAACAUAAUGAUUGGCUUUGACACACUUUCAGAAUCAGAUACAAGGGGAGAAGAAAGAGCAUAUAGAUUGGCUCAGCGGGGAUCCAAAGAGUUAGUCAAGCAUGAGCUGUUCCCUGCCGAGCGGAGAAAGAGCGGAUUCCCCUCCCUCCUUCGUCCUCACUGACCCUGAAUGCUCACAGAGUGAUUUUAACAGGUCACAAAGGAGCAGGAGUUCACACUUUUUCUGACGCCCCUCACCCCCUCUCACUCACUCACUCACUCCUCCUCCUAGACUCUUCUCCUUCUUCCUGUCUCUCUUUGUCUGCCUCUCUCUGCCUGUGAAAGAAAGCGGGUAAGAUGAGCUGUGACUGACUGGUUCUGUUUCGGGUCCCCGUCAAGUGAUUUCUAAUGACACACUGCUUUGCCCCCACAACAUGUAUUUUGGAGUAAAUGAAUCAGGCAGAACACGGCCUCGUUAAGUUGAAAGAGCCGCUCUGUCCCCGCAAAAGUACAUGGUGCUCUGGAGCCGGGGCCGUUCACACCGAGAGAGAGGCAGGCAGGCAGAGAGGCCGGGCUGCGACGCCGACUUCACACACAUGCAAAAAAGACAAGAUGAAAGUGUGUGUGAGUGUCCGGCAACGGGGUGAAUCAGCUGAGAGGUAAUUUCACUCCGCUUUGACGUUUGUUUACAGGCUGCGUUUAAGAGCUCAAACACUUUGCAGACUUUGGCUCUCAGGUCAAAGCGGCUUCACUCGAUUUGUUCUGGGCCCGGAGCGCAAAAUAAACAGUCACGUGCGGGACCUUCGGGGACGCUUAACGUCGCUUCAAGUUUACGCCUAACAACGUCUGGAUGUUUGCAAGAUGCUGCUGACGUUUGUCCAGCUUUCUAUUUCGGUCUCUGCAAGAAAAUGUCCAAAGAAACGGAAUCGAAACAGAGCAAAGGUUGGGACGUGUCGCAAUGGAUUUUGUAGCUUCAAGACCCGGUUUCAUCGAGGGUCGUUUCCCCCGUCAAACUGAUCUAGGAUCUGUCAUUCCUGCAAACAGUGGAGGUUUGAGACUGUGGCUGCGGCCCUCGGAGGCUGAAAAUGAACAGAGAGUUUCCAGAUUACUUCACAUUAGCGAACUGGUCUGGCAACGCGAGCUUUCACGUAAACACAUUAAAGAGUCGAAGCAGAUGAGUGUUUUAUGGGAAAUCAUGAGCUGCAGAUGCUGGUACAUGAGUCCACAUUCACAACUCCUAAAUCCAAACGACUCGUCAUUAAACCUAAACGGAUUUCAACACGUUCAAUCGACGUUUUCUUCUAUUUUCUUUACCUUAAAACACCGGUCACCGUCACUUAGACGUCUGUGAUUUCAGACUCUUAGCUCAGGUUUCUGGUUUGCUGCUUUUGCAAAGUUUUUUAUUGGACUUAACUUUUGAGGCAAAAACAAAAAUGGCGUAAAUGCAACUCGGAGUGGGGCUCGAUAUGACUACGGCGGUAUAAAUGUGCUGACUGGUGCGAUAGAGAAGUUGAUAGCUGGAAAAUACGAUAAGACGACAGCAGGAUAAGGUGAAAGAGAGGUGGGAGAAAAGCUGAAAGAGGCGCAGAUUUUUUGGAAAUUGAAAAGGAGAAGGGUUGGUGUAGGAUGCUCUCCUGCAGAGAGAGUUAAAUGACGAGUAUCACUGAAAUUACCGAAAAGAGAAAUGGAGAUGUAUUCUUCCCUUGAUGCAAGAGACUUAGUAUUCCAUCAGCGUUGCAUGUUUCGCAGCAAAUACGUUCCCAUUCUAAUUGGAAGCCUCGCAGCACAUCUCAGCUAUAUUCCAGAAGCGUUCAACGUGCUGCGACGCUGAAGAUACACUCUGAGUUUAUUUUUGACGGAGCACGCAUCAUUCAGAAGAUUGUCCGAGACAGGAUAUCUUGCCUGGGAGAGUCGCAUGUCUUCCAGUAGAUUCAAAACUCAAAUACCAUACGUUGACCAACUAUUUAUGAUUGUGUAGAUGAGAAAUACUUCCUGUUUAUGGAUUUAUGGUUGACACAGAACGACCACAUGGCCAAUCCCUGAUGGACGCCAACAGGACUUUUAUGUUAACUCUUUCUGAAGGUAACAACACAGCGUAAAUGAACAGAGUUUACUUUACGAAACACAAGUAAACCUGCAAAAAUCCAAACUAUAAAAAUCACGCACGAGAAAUUCAACAGUCACAGAAUAAAAACCAAAUUAACAGGAAAUCGACCACAGAAGGACGGAGCAGCCUCCAGACUCCAAACUCGCCUCCAGUGGGCGCUAACGUUCGCUGUCAAACAGAGCCGUGAAGGGACGGAACACGUCAAACACACUUCCUUCAAGUUAACAACUUAACACUAGCACUGACAUGGCCGUUAUUUUACUGAAGAGUAAAGGCUGUAGCCAUCGAAUCAGCUCUUAAAAAGGUACAGUACAUCCCAAAUUUAUACCCCAGUUUUAAAAUUAAAACAUAGAUGAAGUUAAAAACACAAGAUGGUUAUGAAUGUAAGGCACUUUGAUAUAAAUUUGAUUUAUGCUCUCAUUAUAAGAAACAUUAACCUUUCUCCUUUUACAGUGGUUUAAGUUCGUUACUCUGUAAUUUGCCUUGAAAGUGGACUUUUGGUUCCUCCAACCUGCUUCAAUCUGAUUGGAUGAUUGUCUUUGAAUAUAUAAUCAAAGUGCUGCUGAUGUAUUAUUAACAAUAUUGUUAAAUCAUAAGUUUUCCUACUCAAACAGAUCAUUCUGAAUGACUAAAUCUUCUUCCUGAAGUGAGUUUUCGUGGCAUGAAAGCUCAUUUAUGCUCCCCUUAUGUACAAAAAUAGCAAAUUCAAGCUUAAUUGAGCCUGUAGAUGUUUAAAAAUGAUGCAUCUUUCUGCUACUAUAAUAAAUCUGGUAAAUAUGAUUAAACUGGAGUCGAGCCAAACACCUUGAGGACAAUUUAAACAAACCCAGACACGUCAUUUUCAGCUCCUAACAGUUCUAUUAAAACAUCAUCUAAUCCCAUCAUGUGUGAGGAGAAGAUCAUCAAAACAUCAGGUCUGACUAAGACGGAUUUCUUAAUCGGAUGAAAUCAAAUACUGUACAUGAUGUCAAAGAAACCACAAACUACGCAGCAGCAACAGCAACAGACUGUGAGUAAGGACAUUAACCAGACACACACACACACACACACACACACACACACACACACACACACACACACACACACACACACACACACACACACACACACACACACACACGUAGAGACACAAUAGGUGGAGAAGGCACUGUGUUUAUUUCCCGUCGAGGAUUAUUUACAAGGUACUUUUUCAUGAUGAGGCUUAAUUGUGCUGACGAAAAUCCCACAAAGGGGAAAAACAAAAAAACAUCACUUCAUGACGUUUGGAAGCUGGUCGUGAAACUCGAGACGUCACAGAUCUGCAGUUUGUGCCUCAUCAGAGCUUCAGAUGAUCAGAUCUGUUUAAUAAUAAGUCUGAACCAUCCAGAGUUUAUGAGGCCAAGAGUUAAAAGGACACAAACAGCUCGUAAGUCAUCGAUUUCUACAACUCCCUGAUAAUAAAUCUGAUCUGCAGGAAACCACAAACAGGCCGGAGAAGCUGAAUUUAGACCAGGAGUAGAAAAAAAAGGGACAAUUCACUGCGUUCAUACAUUUCAACUCCCCAUUAGCAGGACAGAUCGUCAGGACAGAUUGAUAACAUUGAUUUUUUGCAGCUUGUCACAGUCACCUGACUGGCGAGGAGUGGUGGAGACGGAUCAGGAGGUUUCAGCGGCCAAUCACAGCCCGAGCGUGCGGCCUGUCAAUCAUGUCAACACAACCAAUGGCUCAGUGUGCAGCUGGGCUGAGGCCCUGCCUCCUGAGCUGAGCACUCAAAGGGUUAAAAAGAAAUCAGAUCAUCUAAAGCCUCCUCAGCUCUUUCCUAAAAUAUGUAAAAUGGACAGAGGAUGGGGAGAUCAUCCGGGGUCAUCAGAAUAA